AUGUCUGUCUCAAACAGCUUCAACAACAGAGAGUAUCCUCACCUAGUUUUCCUUCCAAGUGGUACUGGAAACUUGAUUCCGUUUUACCGAAUUGCUGUCAUGUUUGCAUCGCGUAACUGCAAAGUUACUUUCAUCAACAUUAAGCCUCAAGCCCUUGCUCCUGAGUUUACUAGCUUCUCCCAUUUCUCAGCCAACCACCCAAGACUAGAGAUACUCGAUUUUGAAAUGGAUUUGCACACCCCCUCGGACUCCACCAUCAGAGAUCCUUUUAUUAUCCAUUUCCAAAACAUCAAUCGUUCCCUAGACCAGCUAAAGCCUAUCCUAUGUUCUUCACCAGUUAAAGCUAUAUUCUCAGACUUUGCUAUAGCAUUUAAACUGGCUCAAAUCUCUGCUGAUCUUGACAUCCCUUACUACAUUGUUUCCACCACUUCAGCACAGUUUUUCUCCCUUGUCGCAUAUCUUCCUGUUCUGAUGACGGAGGAUCCCAAUGUAUUUAGCAACCCUUUGGGGGAUGUAAAGAUCCAAGAAUUGGCACCAAUACAAAAAUCGAGCAUUCCUCCCACGUGGAUGGAUGAUUCAACAAAUUAUCUGUUACCAGUAUUUCUUUUGCCAAAUGCUGGAUCAUUACCAAAAGUAAAAGGAGUUCUCUUAAGCACCUUCAACUGGUUUGAACCGGAAACAAUCGCAGCCCUCAAUAGCGGCCGAGUUUUAAACAGGCUGCCACCACUUUUUCCUAUUGGGCCUCUGCAAUCUUAUGAGACUCAGGAAAGCCAUCAUCUUCCAUGGUUAAAUGAGCAACCUGCUGAAUCAGUGGUGUAUGUCAAUAUCGGGAGCCGAGAAGUAAUGUCCACAGAUCAAAUAAGAGAACUGAGGAAAGGGCUGGAAAUAUGCGGGUGUAACUAUUUGUGGGUGAUUAAAGCCAAUGAGGACGUGCACCAUAGUAGGGAGUUUCAUGAAUUUUCAGGUGAUUCUUCUCCUGAAGGAAGCAAGAGGAGGGGUAAAAUAAUAAGAGGGUGGGUGGAUCAUGAAAAGCUACUGGCUCAUCCUGCCAUUGGAGGAUUUGUUAACGAAUGUGAAUGGGAUUCAGUCAUGCAAGCAGCUUGGAAUGGGGUGCCAAUGUUGGCCUGGCCACAACAUGGUGACCAGAAGAUGAAUGCAGAAACUGUGAAGAAGGCAGGCCUCGGCAUUUGGAUUGAGGACUGGGGCUGGGGAGGUGAAAAGUUGGUCGACGGAAAAGAGAUUGGCCCACUGCUGGCGUGGAUAAUGGAAGACUCGAAUAUCAAGAAGGCAGCUAAAAAUGUGAGGGAGAAAGCUAGGGAGGCCUGUGAAGUUGGUGGGAGCUCAGAAAAAGUCUUAGCAGAAGUAAUUGCAAUCUUGACGAGCAAGGAGAAGUAG